AUGGAAACUAUAAAGGAAGAAAGCUGCAUUCCAGUAAGCUUGGUGGAGGAUAUACUUUCAUGGCUGCCUCCAAAAUCUCUCGUACGUUUCAGAUGCGUCUCUAAGUCAUGGAAUACUCUAAUCCAUGACCCAUUUUUUGUUUCCAAACAUCUCCACAAUGCCAACAAGAAGAUGAUGAUCAUGAACACCUCCUCUUCCACUCCAUUGUGUUUGAUCAGUUCCAUCAUCUUCAGUGGAGCAGUUGUAAAAAAACUCUCCGUCGACGACAGUAUCAGUAACCCCAUUCAUUGUUCUAUUAGUGAUAUGAAAUUACCUUUCACUGAAGAAAUCCAAAGGCUUUAUCUCCGACUGGGGUCUCAAUGCAAUGGUCUCAUUUGUUUCCAUGAGUUUGUUUCUGGUACUGUUUAUUUAUGCAACCCAGCAAUCAAUGAGUCCAGGAUUAUUAGUCCUAUUUCAAGCUUUCACAAUAUUUCUGAAAUUAAAACAACUUCAGUAGGACUCGGCUAUGAUUCUGGAGCUAAAGAUUACAAGAUAAUCAGGACUGCACGUAUCCCUAGUCGUCCAGCUUUCAUAGCAGCUGAAUUAUACACGUUGAGUAGUAAUUCUUGGAAAGAGAUCAAAUUCGAUUAUGAUAAUGACAAUGAUAGGGAGAAAAUUUUGUUCCUAAUUGAUCGGUUUAAUUGUCGUGUAUAUUGUAAAGGAGUUUAUUAUUGGUUGGUAUUUGUUCGCGAGGUUGGAUCUGAACUGAACCAGGGGAUCAUUUUGUUUGAUUUUCAUGAUGAGCAAUUUAGUUUGAUUCAACUGCCGCAAGAAAAUGGCGUAGAAAAACUUUGGAUAAGCAUUCAAGUGUGGAAUGAACGUGUUGCUGUGUUUUGCGAUUGCUGUCCUAGUAGUAGUAGUAGUAGUAGCAUUGAGAUGUGGGUGAUGACGGAUGGUUGCUUGGGAUGUGGUUGGACUAAACAUGCCGUUAUUGAGUGGUGGCUUCCAGAGUGUCCAAAAAUAUUGAUGUUUUGGAAGAGUGAUGAGCUCCUAGUGGAAAUCUCAAGUGGAAUGGCAUCCUCACGAAAGUUGGUCUCCUACAAUGUUCUUACAAGAAAGUUGAGGGAAUUUUCCUUUGGAAGUACUGAACCACCAUGUCUAAAGACUCUGGUUUCAGUCAAGGUUGGAGGAUUUUCCUAUGAUGGAUUUAUUUCUUAUGUGGAGAGUCUGGUUUCUGUCAAGGGUACUCAAGGAAACAACAUCUCUAGGGAAGUUGUUUGUUGA